AUGCUACAGGUGUCCCAGUUACUACAGCUGUCCCAGAUGCUACAGGUGUCCCAGAUGCUACAGGUGUCCUUGAUGCUACAGCUGCCCCAGUUACUACAGGUGUCCCAGGUGCUACAGGUGUCCCAGUUACUACAGCUGCCCCAGGUGCUACAGGUGUCCCAGAUGCUACAGCUGCCCCAGAUGCUACAGGUGUCCUUGAUGCUACAGCUGCCCCAGUUACUACAGGUGUCCCAGUUGCUACAGCUGCCCCAGGUGCUACAGGUGUCCCAGAUGCUACAGGUGUCCCGGAUGCUACAGCUGCCCCAGUUACUACAGGUGUCCCAGGUGCUACAGGUGUCCCAGUUACUACAGCUGCCCCAGGUGCUACAGGUGUCCCAGAUGCUACAGCUGCCCCAGAUGCUACAGGUGUCCUUGAUGCUACAGCUGCCCCAGUUACUACAGGUGUCCCAGAUGCUACAGCUGCCCCAGAUGCUACAGGUGUCCUUGAUGCUACAGCUGCCCCAGUUACUACAGGUGUCCCAGUUGCUACAGCUGCCCCAGGUGCUACAGGUGUCCCAGAUGCUACAGCUGCCCCAGAUGCUACAGGUGUCUCAGAUGCUACAGGUGUUCCAGAUGCUUCAGCUGCCCCACUGCCCCAGAUGCUACAGGUGUCCCAGGUACUACAUGUGUCCCUGGUGCUACAGCUGCCCCAGAUGCUACAGGUGUCCCAGUUACUACAUGUGUCCCAGUUACUACAUGUAUGCUACAGGUGUCCCAGUUACUACAUGUGUCACAGAUGCUACAGGUGUCCCAGUUGCUACAGCUGCCCCAGAUGCUACAGGUGUCCCAGGUACUACAUGUGUCACAGAUACUACAUGUGUCCCUGGUACUACAGGUGUCCCAGAUGCUACAGGUGUCCCAGUUGCUACAGUUGUCCCUGGUGCUACAGGUGUCCCGGGUACUACAUGUGUCCCAGGUGCUACAGCUGCCCCAGUUGCCACAGGUGUCCCUGGUACUACAGGUGUCCCGGGUACUACAGGUGUCCCAGUUGCUACAGCUGCCCCAGAUGCUACAGGUGUCCCAGUUACUACAGGUGUCCCUGGUGCUACAGGUGUCCCAGUUACUACAUGUGUCCCAGAUGCUACAGGUGCCCCAGAUGCUACAGCUGCCCCAGGUACUACAGGUGUCCCUGCUGCUACAGGUGUCCCAGCUGCUACAGGUGUCCCAGUUGCUACAGGUGUCCCUGGUGCUACAGCUGCCCCAGAUGCUACAGGUGUUCCAGCUGCUACAGGUGUCCCAGUUGCUACAGGUGUCCCUGGUGCUACAGGUGUCCCGGGUACUACAGGUGUCCCAGUUGCUACAGCUGCCCCAGAUGCUACAGGUGUCCCAGUUACUACAGGUGUCCCUGAUGCUACAGGUGUCCCAGUUACUACAUGUGUCCCAGAUGCUACAGGUGCCCCAGAUGCUACAGGUGUCCCAGUUACUACAGGUGUCCCAGUUGCUACAGGUGUCCCUGGUGCUACAGGUGUCCCAGUUACUACAUGUGUCCCAGAUGCUACAGGUGCCCCAGAUGCUACAGGUGUUACAAAUUUCCAGUUCAUCAAAUUAUGUUUUAUUUCUCACAUUUUAAUGUUCAUACAAAAUAAAAAUGAAAAGGCUUUGUGCAGAUGGUGUAGACAUGUGACCAGCACACUAGGUGACAUCAGCAGCAGC